CUAAUAUAUUUCAAUGGUAUUAUCUAAAACCAUGUCGGUUGACAAUGACUGGUCGGAACUUCCACCGGAGCUUCUGGACACGAUCGUGAAUAAGUUAAUUGACCUCCGUGACUACCUCCAUUUCCGGGCAGUUUGUCCCAGCUGGCGUUCCUCAACGCCGGCGACUCCCAAAAACCUACCAUGUCAACUCCCAUGGUUAAUGCUCCCAAAAAACCAGUCAAACCGGCGUGGUUUUUUCAACUUCGUUGACAACAAGGUUCACUUCCUCAAUCUUCCUGAGGCUUCAAACAGCCGCCGACGAUGCGGCUCUUCCCAUGGCUGGCUCAUCAUCGUCGACGAAUCGCCGUCAAUUUUCGUUAUUAAUCCACUUACAAAAGUAACUUUUAAUCUUCCACCGGUUUCUCAAUUUCCUAAUGUGGUGAAUUUCAAUUUUUAUAGCGUCGGUCGGGAAUUUACCCUCCGAUCUCCUCAUGGCGAGGUUUACGCUCGUAAUUUGAAAGAAAUGCGUGAUUCGUUUAUUAGGAAGGCUGUCAUUUCUAGUAGUCCUUCACGUGAUCUGAAUUUUAUUACGAUGGUGAUCCUUAAUGAAACAGGUGAGCUUGCUUACUGCAAAAAUGGAGAACAUUCAUGGAAAUUUAUCGAUGAUGCGCGGUUUUACGAUGAGGAUGUUAUCUAUUUUGAAGGAUUGUUCUAUGCUGUUCAUAAAUCUGGAGAAAUUGCAGUUUGUGAUGUUAGUGGUGACACACCUAGUGUUUCGUUUAUUGAAACUCCUAAGCAAAAUGGUGGUGAUAUGCAGUAUUUGGUCAAAACAAAUGAUGAGUUUUUACUGGUGACUAGAUUUUUGGAGCUUGAUAUUGACGCCGCGUAUCAUCAGCUUGAUGUGGUGUAUAAGACAGUUGAAUUUUGUGUCUUUAGGUUGGUUUUAGAAAGACCAAGGUGUGAGUGGGAGGAGAUUAACAGUUUGGGUGAGACAAUGUUGUUUUUAGGAGAAAAUUCUUCGUUGGCAUUGUCGGCUUCUGAUUUUCCUGGAUGUGAAGGAAACAGGAUUUACUUUACUGAUGAUUAUUGUGAGGCUAACUAUGAUGGUGUCGAUGGAAAUCAUGAUUUAGGGUAUUACAAUUUAGCGGAUGGUAGUAUUGAAGCGUUGUCCUGCUGUCCUCGCAAUUCACAUUCUGUGCUUCGUUGGCCUCCUCCAAUUUGGUUCACUCCAAAUCCAUGUUGACAAUUGUAUAAUACCUUUUGAA